UUCCCCAACACUAUACUGGCUGACCUGUGUGCGUUUACACAUGGAUGAAGCUGUGUGCGUAGCCUGUGAAGCAAAACUGUGUAAAUAAUAAUAACGCAGUCUAAAUAUCUCCAAAGUGCGUGUCUUCUUGAAAAUAUAAUUAAAAUGUAGUUAGAUUUGUGAGUAUCGACCACCGCCUUUGUCUCUCCUCUUCUCGCCUGUUUUCCCGCGGAGUUCCUCCCCCUGCGGCGCUGGGCGGAGUUUCAUACCGAACCAGACGCUCCUUUCGUCGGAUUCGUUUCGACUUGACUCCCCGGGGCUUACGGCUAAAUAAAUUCACACUAAAACACGUUAAAAUACUUCUCACAAACGCCGUACUGACCGUGAAGGGGACCCGCGGCGAUCUGUCCAAAAACAGGUCUAAGGUCCUCUGUAGCCGCGUUCUGUUGCCUGUCGUUGAAGCCUAACUCUGUCAGCAUGAAUGGCAGCAGCAGCAUGGCUGUCACCCAGGGUGUUCGGAUCAAAAUCGACCCAGAUGAUGAUGUGUGGAGUAAAGAGGACUGUCUGAUGCUGCUGGAGAGGAUCAGGACUCUACUGCCUGAUGGGGACGCUAUGAAAUACAAGACCACAGAGUCUCAUUUUGACUGGGAGAAGGUGGGCUUUGGAAACUACACAGGGGACAUGUGCAAGCAGAAAUGGCAGAAAGUUUCCACAGAGGUGCGUAAAUACAGGACAAUGACAGAGCUUAUUGUGGAUGCCAUAGAAUACGUGAAGAACCCUUACAAAGGAAAGAAACUGAAGACCCAUCCAGACUUUCCAAAAAAGCCCCUCACACCCUACUUUCGUUUCUUCAUGGAGAAAAGAGCCAAGUAUGCAAAAAUCCACCCAGAGAUGAGCAACCUAGAUCUUACCAAAAUCCUGUCCAAAAAGUACAAGGAGCUCCCGGAAAAGAAAAAGCUCAAAUACAUUCAGGAAUUCCAGAGGGAGAAGGAAUCGUUUGAAAAGAACAUGGCACGGUUCAAAGAGGACCAUCCUGAUUUGAUAGAAGAACGAAAGAAAUCAGACCUCCCAGAGAAGCCCAAAACCCCUCAGCAGCUCUGGUACAACCAUGAGAAAAAAACCUUCAUGAAGCUUCACCCAGAUGUAAGCCAAAAAGAGCUGAAGGAAGCUUUACGCAGACAGUGGUCUCAACUCUCUGACAAGAAAAGGCUGAAAUGGAUCAGCAAAGCCCUGGAGCUGCAGAAAGACUAUGAGGACAGCUUAAAGGCCUACCAUGAAGCGCAUCCAGACUCAAACUCAGAUGAGCACGUUAAGUCUGUGUUAACAAAGGCUGAACGGCAGCUCAAGGACAAGUUUGAUGGCCGGCCUACCAAACCACCACCAAACGGUUAUUCUCUAUAUUGUGCCGAGCUGAUGGUAAACAUGAAGGAUGUGCCAAGUACAGAGAGGAUGGUGCUGUGCAGUAAGCAGUGGAAAAUGAUGACCCAGAAAGAGAAGGACAUGUUCCAGAAGCGAUGUGAACAGAAAAAGAAGCAGUAUGAGAUUGACCUUCAGAGGUUUCUUGAGAGUCUGCCAGAGGAGGAGAGAGAUCGAGUACUGAUGGAGGAGAAGCUGGGAGGCACUAGGCUGAGUUUGGUAGGAGCUGGCAGCCCUGCUGGAUCUAAAUCCCCUUCAAGCAAGGAACGAGUUCGAGACCCUGAACUGGACCACUGGGUACAGGGGUUACCUAAAGAUAGACGGGAUGGGAAGAAGAAGUUGACAACGCGCCUCCCAGAUACUCCUAAAACACCGGAGGAGAUGUGGCAGCAGAGUGUAAUAGGGGACUACCUGGCCAAAUAUAGGAGCGAUAGGAAGAAAGCACAGACCGCCAUGGAAGCCGCAUGGAAAGCCAUGGAAAAGAAAGAGAAGAUCCCCUGGAUCAAGAAGGCGGCUGAGGACCAGAAGCGAUACGAGGUUCAGUACCGGACUGUGAGAGAGCUGCUGGACAUGAGGAUUGUCCCAUCAGGACAGGGGCAAAAAAAACCCAAGUUUGACGGGGAGCCCAAGAAACCUCCUGUGAGUGGUUAUCAGAUGUUCUCUCAGGAGCUGUUGACGAACGGAGAGCUGAACCACUUCAGUCUGAAGGAGCGCAUGGUGGAGAUCGGCAAGCGCUGGCACAAGCUCAACCAGACCCAGAAGGACAAGUACAAGAAACAGGUGGAGGAGCAGCAGCUUGAAUACAAAGCAGAGCUGGAGGUGUGGGUGAAGUCUCUCUCUCCUCAGGAGCGGGCGGUUUAUAAGGAGUUUUCUUGUGCGAAACGGCGAAGUACGACAAAGACUCAAGCUCCCAGCGCUAAAGUUCGUGUUACCAAGGGGAAGGCGGUAGGUGCCAGAGCCGCAGUGCUGGGGGCCGGGGGGGGCAAACGUUCCAUGGCGUACAGGGCAAAGCAGGACACAUCAGACUCAGAUGAAGAGGACGAUAAGACAGACACAUCAGACUCUGAGGAUGAGGACGAGGAGUCCGAUGCUAGCACAGAUAGCGAGGAUGACGAGGAUGAUGACGAGAACGACGAUGAGGAGGAUGACGAGGAAGAUGAGGAAGACCAAUCAGAGGGUUCGAGCAGCUCAACCGAAGACAGCAGUGACUCUGAUUCGGACUAACAAACCUCACCCCCUCAAAGGUGGGGGGGCUGUGCGGGACACGCCCCCUAAUAGUAUCCCUCCCUGACUACAGAGGGGGGCUCAGUAGCUGUGAGCACACAGCAUGCGGUGAAAAGUCUCUCACGCUCUCUUUCUCUCCGUCUCUCUGUUCAGCGAGAGGCUCGGGACUCGGAAGGGUAACGGCUCUUUUGCCCUCAACACGUCCACUUCACCGACUCCAAGUCAGCCGGACAACUCCUGUUAUAAAGAGCUGUGUUACUUGUGUUAUUGAAGCAUUUUUAUUGCCUUUAUAUAGGUGUGUUAUUAAAUCUGUGUUGCCUGUUCCUUUUUUAAAGACGCAUUUGAUAAAGCGAUUUAAGAAUUAGUUUUUUUUGAUGUGUCAGCCUUGUUCUGAGGUGGACAGAGGAAGAAGAGGACUUUCGGAAACGGAGGUAGUGGAGGAGAGUGACCUAGCUGCUUGUAUUUGCAUCCCUCAGCCGGGGCGUUGAGGCCCAGAGGGCUGUUCCUGUUAUGUCUGUUCGUUCUUUGGACAGGUCCUCUGCAAUAAAUGCACCUUUUCUCUUUUA